GCAACUACUGAAAGCGGCAAGGUGCUCAGUGUUGCCAGAUUGGAAAUGGCGUAAUGUAGGCCUACCAUAUGCUCAAAAUAAUCGUAUCUGGAGGAUAAUUAUCGUGCAUCUGGCAACACUGAAAGGGCGGUCGACCAAUGACAGUUCUCUCUACAGUCAGAGCUCACGCAAGAAGGUGGAACGUAAGGGAAUAGAUACCCCUUCCAAAACUUGUAAGGGCGUAAACAGUAGUUUGUGAAAGGCGAAAUCCCAGGCGUUUUUGAAAUCCCUGCCGGACGCAUUUUUUAGGUCUCGAAAAGAGGACAUGUCCAGGUAAAAGAGGACGUCUGGUCACCCUUCAUGAAAGAUAGAAAUCUCUUUUCCACGUGCUCUGGCAUCACUGGCAGGCAUCACUGUAAUCAAACCUACAAGAGAAAAAGCAACCAUUGCGAACGUGAAAAAUACUCAUCUCAUCCUCAGUUCAUUCUGGGAGAGGAGUUUUCAGGUUGAACAAAUGCAAAAUGACUACUUAACCAGUACAGAGUACGCGUCAGUAGCCACUGACUUAAAUUUACAACGACUUUUUUACGAUAUAGAAGCUGACACUCAGUUCGGUUAAAUCGUACUGGAGCUUUGUCAUUUUUAGAACACUAUCUCAACCUAGUGGUGGUUUCAUGGAACUGUUCGUGGGUACUACACUACCCACAAUUCUCAGGAGCAAACAGGAAGUUUCUCCAACGAACCAACGUUUAAAAUCUUUGAAGACGAUUUCUGUCCAGGUCAAUUGACAUUAUGUGAGUGAUAUUUCAGGAAUUAAGUAUGUGCCAUUUCGUCCAUCGGGUGCCCCAUAUGUCUUUAAUUUCGAACACUUUAUUGCAAAUUGUCAGAAGUAGGUUUAUGUAGCAGCCGUCUAUCUACUUGGUACAGCUAAGAUUGCAGCCUCAUGAAUUUCACUUAACAAUAAGUUAUGCAGUAACAUUAAGCGUAAUUAGCUUGUAUCCAUGCCUACAUUUGUAUGUUAGAGAUACGAAGGUUGUGAUACUAUACCUUAUGAGGACACUGUUGGCUGCAUUCAUUUAUCUUUUAUCGAAACAAGUCCGCAAUCAUGGGUUAUGAGAUUGCUCCUCGCUACGGUUACCAUUGGUGACGCCGACGCUCUGAAGAGAUUUAACCUCAUCCAGUUGACCUAUUAUCUGCCCAAGCUAGAAAACCAUGACCGCAAAACAAAAGAAGGCUUUACGAAGCUCAAUUGAUGAUGUACUUGGAGGUCUUUUAGACGAUGAUGAUUUCCCUGCAAAGACCCAAACUCCUUUCCGUGAGCGCACAAGGGAAAAAGGUGUACUGCCGUCGCGCAGUGGCAAGAGGUCCGUGUUGGAAGAUGAUGAUUUCUUCAGUAAACUGGCAGAGGAAGCCGAGAAAGAAGAGGAAGUGUCGGAUGUGUCAGAGGCUGAUCCUCAAGCUCUUCUGGAGAGCAUGAAGGACAUUGAUGACAUGGAUGCUGACCUGUUUGGGUCAAAGAAGAAACCAAGCUCUGCCCCACCACAGACUAAGAGCUACACAUCAGCAGGUCCUAAGCCAGAGCCUUUGAACCCUGGAGACAAGCUGAAGGCCAAUGACACGGAUGUACUCGCCCGCGAAGAGAGGAAGCCCAGCUCAGCACCCGCAGCAACAGCACGGGGUUACAAGAAAUUCAGCUUUAUAGAUGAUGAGGGUGGCGAUGGUGUUCCACCUGGACCACCUGCAGGUGAAAAAGACUUUGACGAUCCCCUGGAUGACCUACUGGAUGAAUUGGAUCCCCCAAAGGCACCCAAACCGAGCUCCCUGUCAGAGAAGGCGUCAGGGAAAAAAAGUGACUCCCCCUCUGCGUCCCCUCAUAUCAGUCAGAAAAAGAAUGAGACGGCAUCACCGGCCCUGGCUCCAAAGAAACGGGACGAGCUGACAUUCGAUGAUGAUGAGGAUGACCUCAUGAAUGCCCUAGGAUUUGGAGAAACAGUUACAUCUAAGAACAAGACCGUCCCGCUUGCUCCAAAGAAAGAGAGUGAGCCCCCCCAGAGACCGCGCACCAGGCUCGACGAGAUCUUGGGCCGAGGGACAUCCCCACACCUGCUGGAGCGCCCCCCAACAGGGGAGAAGAAAGAACCACUGCAACAGCAGCAGCAGCAGCAGCAACAACCGCAGCAACAACAACAGCAGCAGAAGAGCGGCGGUGCCAAAGAUGCUCCUUUUGGAGAGGAGGACCUCACUUUUGGCUCCUACCAUCCCACACUGGCCGGCACCCCAGAAGGAAGACAGUCCCGCAGGCAGUCUGUCAGAUUCUCCACAGAAGAUAUUAGCUCACCUGAGCGCAGGUCAAAGCCCAGCACUCCUGCCACACCCACACGUGCCAGCAGGCCUACGGCUGAUUGGUUGGGGCUCAAACAGGAUGAUGAUGCUGAUGAGGAAGUGGAAGAGCCAAAGAAACCAAUAGGGGACACGGCCGCAACAGACGACUCUAAAGUUCCUCCCUCCCCAUCAUCAAAGCCCAUCACUGAGAUAGCCACAUUUUCACCCAAAAGCACCAGAUUCACACGGGACACUGGCAAGGGGCUCGGAGAGAUGGAGGAGACGGAGAAAGAGCAGGAGGACGAUUGGUUGGCUGGUGCACUAAGUCGAAAGAAGGUCAACGAGGAGAAGAAGGUUGCCCAGCAGGACGCCCUAGGCUUGGGAGAGGACGUGGAUGUGGACUCCUUUCUCAGUAAACGCCAACCUUCACCAACUCCCCGGAGAAAACAAGAAGACACACUGGAGCUAAACAAGGAGGCAGGGAGAGGCCCUUCUGUUGCUUCACAGAGGCCAGGUAGUCCCACUACGUCCCUCUCAAAACCAGGAAGAGGGGACCAACUGAGGCCAAGCAAAGCCGAUCAAGACCAAGGACCCAUCAUAACCAGAGAUAGUUCAGCUUACGCCGUGAGUCUGCCAGAUCCUGCCCCAUGUCCCCUGCAGUCACCUACGGUAGUGCCAAUAGACCAGGUCUCCCAGCCGCGGCAGCAGAGAACAGUGGUUAGGCGCCCGCCUCCCCAGUGCUCCCCCUCACAGGACCAGGCUGGAUGGGCCCCCAGUGCGCAGGCUCUGCCCCCUAGCUGCGCAGCACAGACAUGGCAGGUGCCCGACCCCAUAGCUGCUGGGUGGAACAGCGCCACCUGGUUACCACAACAGAGAACAGUGGAGAAUGCAGCUCCGGUUAGCCAACCUCAGGUGUCCUUGUCCACAGAGAGCCUUCAGCAGCUUUUACUACAACAACAGCUGGCUGGCGGGUGGAGUCUGGGUGGAGCGGUGGAGGUGGGGGCCCUGACCAGGCAGCGCUGGGAGGCCGAGCAGCAGGCAGGGGAGCACCUAGCCACACUGCAGGCUCGCAUCAUCCAGCUGGAGGGCCAGGUGCGAACCCUCCAGCUGGAGCGGAGCCAGAACCAGAUGCUGCUGGAGAGCAUGCAGUUACGCCAUAAGCAGGACACGGAGCUGAUGGAGAACAAUCACAGGGCUCGUGUGAAACUUCUGGAGGAGUCUGGAGCCCAGCGGGAGACGCGCAUGCGGCAGGAGAACGAGGACCUGGCGGAGCGCCUGGCCUCCGUCACGCGGUUUUCGGAGCAGGAGAGAGCCGAGCUGCAGGCCCAGCAACAGCGCCGCCUCGCCCAGAGCCAGCAGGACAGAGACCGCGAGGUGGAGAGGCUCCGUGAGCUGCAGAGGAAGUCCAUUCUGGAGAUGAAGAAGGACCAUGAGGAGCAGGUUACUCGACUGAAGAGGCUGAAGGAGGAGGAGAUUGACGCAGUGACUAGCGCCACCUCACAAACCAGGUCCUUGACGGUGGUGAUCGAACAGAUGGAGCAGUUUUCGCGGCGGCUGGGGGACGUGUCCUCUCGGGUGGAGAGCACCCACGAGCACACCACCCAAGGCCUGGAGCUGGGGGCACGGCAGAGGGACGAGCAGCUCAGAGUGAUGCAGGACCGUCUGAGCCAGCAGCAGAGGGCCAUGGCCGAGGAGAGGACGAGGCUGCAGGAGGUCAUCGCCAAGAUGGACACCCAGCUGGCCGAGCAGCAGAGGCAGCUGGAGAAGGAGCGCUGGAGGGUUUCAGCGGAACAGGCAAAAGCAGAGUCCGCCCUGAGGGGCCUGGAGGAGGAGAGACGGACCAUGGCCCAGCAGACAGGCAUAGAGAGAGAAGAGCUGGAGAGAGCCAAGAGUGCCCUGCUGGAGGAGCAGCAGCAGGUGAUGAAGCGCUGUGCUGAGGAGCGCAGGAAGCUUGCGGCCGAGUGGACGCAGUACCACACGCAGGAGAAGCAGCGGCAGGAGCGGGUGGAGAGGGAGGCCAGCCGAGCCCUGGAGAGAGACGCCCACCGUGAGGGAUCAAUCAUCAGCUUUGCACAGGAGCAGGCCGAGCUCAAGCUGAGGGCAGGGGAGCUGAAGCAACGAGAAGAUGCGGCGACUCGGGAGAGAGAGUCCCUGGAUCGCCUCAGGGAGGACCUGGAGCGGGAGAAGGAGAAGCUGAGUGCCACAGCGCUCCGACUCAAGACCAGAGCUCAGGAGGUGGAGAGCUUCAGCAAGCUGGCCGCAGAGAAGUUUGAGGAGGGGGAGCGGGCACUGCAGGAGGCCCAACAGGUGGAGGCGGAGCACCAGGCACGGCUGCGCAGUAUCCACGCACAGAUGGAGCGCCUGAGGCAGCAGGAGCAACACAUGCACCAGGAGCGAAUGAGGAUGACUGAGCGAAUGAGGAUGAGAGAAGUUGAGAACACGAGGCACAGCCUCCCCAUCAACUUGGCCACAGCACCCAUUUACACAGAUAUGGCACCAGUGGGCAGUAGUCAGCUGAUGUCCCCUCUAGUCCAGGUCCAUUCUCCCAUCAACAACGCAACGUCCCCAGAACUUCUAGCCAAACUGGCCAUGCUCAGACACUCUGCAGAAAAGGACAGAGACUUCCUCCAAGACGAGCAGUUCUUCCUGGACACACUGAAGGCUUCACCAUACAAUUCAUCAUUUCACACAUGACACCGCAAAUCUUGUAUAUUGUUUUUUAUUUUUUAAAGUGCAAUAAAAUUGAAUUUGUACACGUUG